CAGUUAGAUGUUACAUAACACGUAUAAACGUGUGCACACAAGCUGAUACUCCAGAGUUAAUUUAGGUCGUCCUUCAUUCAAAUGUAAAGAAGUUGUGUGCUCGUACAACCCGCUCUACACCUGUCAGUGAAACCUGAAGACGUGGACACAAUGGCAGACGUGAAUCUUUCCGCCAUCAUGUACAAGAAGGGCGACUUGAGGCUUGAGGAUCUACCUAUGCCAGAGCCCAAACAAGGAGAGGUGCAGAUAUCGAUGGCCAAUGUUGGUAUCUGUGGAUCGGAUGUACAUUUCUGGACGAAUGGAGAGAUUGGGGACUUCGUUGUUAAGGCUCCCAUGGUUCUGGGGCAUGAGGCCAGUGGUGUCGUAUCCAAGGUUGGACAAGGGGUCACCUCACUCAAAGUCGGUGAUCGUGUUGCCGUCGAGCCAGGGGAGCCAUGUAGAAUCUGCAAGUACUGCAAGUCUGGACGUUACAACCUGUGCCCGGAGAUGGUAUUUUGUGCAACGCCCCCUACCCACGGAAACCUGUCAAGAUUCUACACCCAUGCUGCUGAUUUCUGCUACAAGUUACCCGACCAUGUGAGCACAGAGGAGGGCGCUCUUCUGGAGCCACUAUCUGUCGCUGUGCAUGCCUGCAACAGAGCCAAUAUCGGACUCGGGGACAAGGUGUUGAUCUGUGGUGCAGGUCCUAUUGGUCUCGUCAACAUGAUGACAGCCCGGUCCAGGGGUGCAGCGGACAUCAUCUUGACAGAUAUUGACGAGAAGCGACUGGAGUUUGCACGUAAGCUUGGAGCCAAGUUCACACUUAAAGUAACAAGCAGCGAUCCUCGUGUAACAGCUCAACAGAUCGAGGAGAUCCUGGGUGAACCUGCAGACAAGACUAUUGAAUGUAGCGGAGCAGCACCAAGCAUCAGGACCGCCAUAUACGCAACAGCUCCAGGCGGGUGUGUCGUUUUGGUUGGCCUGGGUGCCUACAGUGUUGAGUUGCCGAUACUGAACGCGGCCCUGAGGGAGGUGGACAUCAGGGGCAACUUGCGAUAUCUCAACUGUUACCCCACUGCUCUGUCUAUGGUGGCAUCUGGCCAGGUGGAUGUCAAGCCACUCAUCACUCACCGAUACAAGCUGGAACAGAGCCUGGAGGCCUUCGAGGCAGCGAGGAGAGGGGAGGGGGUUAAGAUUAUGAUCAACUGUGAGAGGAAGUAGACAUGGUUGAUAUGGAUCACAUGACUAGCUCUCUAGCUAAGAUCCUUUGCCACUUUUCAACCGCAAAGAAUGUGGAGUUAUCAGUUUGCUCUCGCACCUGCAAGUAUGGUUAAGCAGCAUCUGCCAAUAUUGCAUGUUAUGCAGAAGGAAAUCUAAAGUCUAAAGCUGUAUUAUUGGAAUAUGUAAUAAAUGAAUGAAUAAAAA